AUAAAGUCCUUUCAUUUGUAUUGAUGAUUGAACUUUGUAUAUGAAGUAUUGCUGUAAUCCUGCAUGAUAUGACAAACAGAUAUGCAACAGUUAGAAAACCUGUCAAGCUGAACAUUAUGAAUGCAGUCAUAUUCACCAUGUUGGUACUGAUUCUGUUUAGCAGCAAUUUGUUCGAUAUUAACAAUGCUACACAUAGAAACUUUCAAUUGGAAUUCCCCUGUGUAAAGUUCUACAAGAAAGGAGAACUUACUGUUGAUUGUUCAUAUGAAAAUCUGAAAUACAUUCCAGAUUUACCAUCCAACACAGUUUACCUCAAUUUACAACAUAACCUAAUAACCAACAUAGCAAACAGUACUUUUGAACACAUGACUAAUUUAACAGUACUUGAUCUUUCUUUCAACAAGCUACAGUCAAUGAAUGGUCAAUCAUUUAAGGGCCUUGGAAACCUGAAGCAUCUUAAAUUGAACAAUAACAAGUUAACUGGUGGAAUUCCAAAUAAAACCUUUCAAUAUAUGACCUGUCUUACUGAUCUGGAUCUAUCGUUCAAUUCAUGGAAGAGAAUAAAUUUACAAACAUUUGUAGGACUUCAAAACCUGCAAAAUCUUCAGCUGAAUGAUAAUAAGCUUGACUAUAGUAUAUUAAACUUUCCACCAGGAAGUUUUAAACCUUUAAAAUCACUUAGAAGGCUGUCUAUUCAAAACAACAAUUUUCAAAGUUGGGAUUAUGGCACAAUUUUUCCAGACAUAACAAUUUCAGAUUUAUCAAUGCUAGAAACAUUAGAACUAGAUGUUAAUUCUUACCUUGAUCACAAACCAAUUUUUGGUAAAGGGUUUUCUUCACUCAAAAAUCUUUAUUUACUCAAUGUUAGUAGCUGUACUGUUUUCACUUUAGAAAAUGACACAUUCACCUAUACACCCAAUUUAACAGACUUAUAUAUUAACCGUUGCUAUCUUAGAGUAUACAGUACAGGACAUGAAGUAUUUUCUAAAUUACUGAAUCUGAAAGUAUUACAACUAAAUGCAUCAGAUCAAGUCCAUCCGUGGAUUGAAGAAAAUGAGCUGUUUGCCUUAAUUUCCGGUUUGUCAAAGACAUCCAUUGAAAUACUUAAAGUGAGUUAUCUUUUGAAUUUAAUGAACUCUGACUCUCUGUCAAUCAUUAUAAAUAAAAUAAGUGUUAUAUUGAAUAAAACACCUAUUAAAGAACUAUAUUUUACAAACAAUCUAAACACACAUGUUUCUCAAAAGGACAUACCUGUACAAGUGCCAUCUAGCAUUAGAAUUCUGGAUCUUAGUGCUAAUAGUUUGGAAGUGACAAAACUUAAUAUUAAACAAGUUACAUUCCUCAAUUUAGAGGAUAACAGACUAGGAAAGUAUCUGUCAAAUAAUAGCCUCAUGAUACAAGACAGCAAACUAGAGUAUAUUAGUCUGUCAAACAACUCUAUUUACAGACUUCAUACUACAAUCUUCAUAGGACAGAGGUACCUCAGAGGUAUUGAUUUAAGAUUUAAUUUUCUGAUAGAUAUCAAUUUAGAUAUGAAAUCUCAGGCGAAUUUAAAGAUUUUGAAUCUCAAAAACAAUAAAAUAAAAUAUUUGAGUGACCAAUCAAUGCAGAAGCUGGACAAAGUUUUUAAGAACAAUGGAAAUGUUAAAAUUGACCUCAGUUAUAACCCUCUUCAAUGCAGCUGUUUUACAUUUCCAUUUUUGAACUGGAUGAGGCUUAGUCAUAAACAUUUUACCAAUUUCAUGCACUACAGAUGUGAGUAUGAAAAUGGAAGUUUGUCCAAGUCCAACUCAUUUGAAGAAGUAAUCCUUAAUCUACAACUAGACUGUACAAAUAAUAUUUUUUUGAUGAUAAGUGUGUCUUUAGCGGUUAUUGCUUUUUUGGCAAUAUUAUUUGCAGUGUUCAUUUAUAGACAUCGAUGGAAGCUGCGUUACCUAUUUUACACAGCAAAAUUGAAGUAUACAUCUUACAGGAACAUUGAAGAAAAUCUAAAUGAAUAUGUUUACGAUGCUUUUAUUUCUUAUUCUGAAAAUGAUCAAAAUUUUAUUGAAGAAGAAUGUAUCAAACAUCUUGAAGGAAAUGCAAACUUGAAAGUAUGCAUACAUCAGCGAGAUUUCAUACCAGGAAGGGAGAUAACACAAAAUAUCAUCAGUGCUAUUCAAAACAGCAGAAAAACUGUAUGCAUAAUUAGCCGAUCUUUUAUUGAGUCUUAUUACUGUAUGUUUGAAUUCAACAUGGCAAGAAUGGAAAGUAUUCAUACGAGGAAUGGAAAAAAUGUGUUAUUUCUUGUUUUUUAUGAGAGGUUGCUACCAAAAGAGUUGCCUCUAGUUUUAUAUGAACUAAUACAGAAACAGUCGUAUAUUGAAUACCCCAAUGAUGAGCAUGGCAAUGUCAUUUUCUGGGACAAAAUUAAAGAUGCUAUACAUGCAUAAUUGUAAUAGAUAUAUUUUAAGGGCAUACGAUACAGUUACAGGGGAGGUAAUGACGUUGCAAACGUAAACUGUUAUUUUAGUGACGUCAAACUAUGAUUUAUCAGGAAUAGAUUCAUUUUUCGACUAAUUUUUAUAAUUCAAACUUAUUUAACUUGAAAAUGAGUUCAUGGACCCCUCUUUUUUAAAAUAACAUUUGGUUUGUUUAUUCCAGAAGAUUAUGUGUGUCAAUUUUCAUGAAAACAUCAAUAGUGCAAUUUUUUUAAAUUGACAAACUAGCGACUUUUUUUUAAAUUAUAUAAAAAAAAGAUAAAGUUUGGUUUAAUAUUGCAUUCCAUUCUGUGGUUUCCUAAAAGAUGAUAUUUGUAUGUAUUUCUCUUCUUCGGGUCUUAUGUUAAACUAAGUCCCCCGCUGGAACAAUCUUGGACGAUGGAUGGGAUACAAAGUAACAACACUUGGUCAACAACUCGUAAGGAACAUUCAUGCUAUGUUUUAUUUCAUUCCAUUUAGUGGUUCUCUAAAAGAAGUCAUUUGUAUGCAUUUCCCAUAGGGUCCUAUGUUAUACUAAGUCCCCCGCUGGCAGCCAUCUUGGAUGAUGGAUCGGGUACAAAGUAACAACACUUGGUCAGCACCUCAUUAGGGACAAAAGUUCAAAAUGUAAAAGUUAACAACGAUGACGACAGACAAAGGAAGCCAAGUGGUGAGAAAAGCUCACUUGACCAUUUGGGCCAGGUGAGCUAAAAAGUGAGGUCUUUCUUUCGAAAAAGAAAAUACUGCCACAAAUCCAAAUUUUUAGCAAAAUUUCGACCUCAUCUUACUCAAAGAGUAUAAAAUGAAGAUAUAUUUUUUAUUACAUAUUUGAUUUAAUCAGGUCAAAAAUAGUUUAUAUGGAAAUUUUUAUCAAAAUGUAAAUAAGAGAUCAAAACUUUAUUGUAUGCCCUUAACAUGAGAAAUGCAGACAUGUGUUGGAUCUUAGCAUAUUGUACAGACACUUUUCUUUUGUUGAAAACCUUAUGUUGACUUCUAGAUUUAUUUUUGAUUUUUAUAAUUGGGUUACUGUCAGUAUUAUGUUUAUCCAUUCUUCUCAUUUAAUCAUAAAUACAGUUUACAUUGAUCUUAAAUACAGGAAUAAAGAAAUGUUUAGUGCAAUCAAA